AAAAGUUAAAAAGAAAUUAGCAUUGUCACUGGCAGGCGGCAAAUUUGCAUAUCUUAAAUUCAAAAAGAAGAAAACCCUAAUUGGGAUGCGAUUGUGAAAGGGGGAGAAAGGAUGGGUCAUAAUAAUCGGAACAAUGAGGAGAAAAGCCAUCAUCAAGCAGCUGAUAAUUUGGUGAAUUUGUUCACCAAAGCAAACCAUGAUCUUCUCGUUGUUCAGUACAGGCUCGAGAAGGAGUUUCAACAAAUUUAUCCUGAUAAUGCGAACCCUAUGAAGUUGGUGUCUCGAAUGAAGAAGAUCCAGGAAGAAUUAUCGAGCUUGACCGAGCAGUGCCGUGAGCUCUUAUCUGCCAAACAGGAUUUGAUUGAUAAGGCUAGAACAAUUCUGGUUGGGAACAGAAAUUUACUCCAGCGUAUGCAAGCAUCAACAGGCACGUCCCUCACCAGUGAUUCUGAUGAUCCGGCACUCACCAAUUUCAACCAGAUCAUUGAUGAGUGGACAGAUCAAGUCAGAUCAAGAAUAGGAGAUCAAAUGCGGGAAUCAGAGCCUGAGGAUAUCAACAAAUUACUUUUCUCAGCCAUUGUUCAAAGCAACUGAACAAACUUUGAUCUCCAAGGAUGAUGAUGAGUUGGUGUUGAAAGAUUGGCACAUAUAUUGUAAGAGACAUAUGUCAGUUUGUUAUGUUUGUAAUAUGUAUGCGUCUUAUUCUUUUAAAUUAAAUAAUUAAAGAAAUCUUAAAAGAAAUAAAUGAUUAAGUUGGUGAUUUAAUAA